CCCCUCCCCUCCGCCCCCCGGCGCGUGAUUGACACGAGGCGAUGUCUGCCGCUGCUGCUGCGGCAGCUGCUGCGGUGGCGAUCGCGUGUCUCCUCGUGCUGGCGAAUGCGGGAGGCGAAAUUGUCGAAUUGACGUCAACGUUACAUGAUCUGAGACAACAAGAACCCUGGCUUGUGAAUUUUUACGCACCAUGGUGCAGCCAUUGCAAAAAGCUGGACCCUGUUUGGAGGGAGGUAGCAUUGGGCUUACACGAGGCAGGCUCGCCUGUGCGAGUCGGGAAGAUGGACGCCAUCAAGCAUUCAUCCUUGGCUUCAGAGUUUGGGGCAAGAGGAUUCCCAAGCAUCAAACUGAUAAAGGGCGACUUGGCUUAUAACUACAGAGGGCCACACAGCAAAGAGAAGAUUAUAGAAUUUGCCAACAGAGUGUCUGGGCCAACUGUGCUUUCCCUGUCCAGCCCUGAAGCAUUUGAGAAAGCACAGAAGGCCCACGACACGUGUUUUGUAUAUGUGGGUGGAGAGUCUCCAUUGAAGGAGAAAUACCUUGAAGUUGCCACCGAAUUGAUCGUCUACACAUACUUCUAUUCUGCAACCAAGGAAGCACUUCCUGAGGACGUAGUUCUGUACGAGCUGCCGGCUGUUCUGGUAUUCAAGGAUGAAACAUUUUACGUCUUCGAUGAGUUUGAAGACGGAAGCUUGGAGGAGUGGGUGAACAGGGAGAGGUUCCCAGAAUUCCUGUUCAUCGACAGUAUCACUCUGCAUGACCUGGCUGACACAGGAAAAUCAUUGGUCCUUGCAGUCUUGAGUGGAACUAACAUUAAACAUGACAACAGGCUCAAAUAUAUGGUGGAAGAAGUGUCAAAAAAUUACAGAAGGAACUUUCACAAGCAAUUUCAGUUCGGAUACACAGAUGGCAACAUUCACAUCAAUGACCUGAUCAUGAGCGUGGUGGACGUCCCAAGCGUGAUUCUUGUCAACACCUCAUCCCAGCAGUUCUUUUUGCCCGAGGGUGACCUCCGCUCCGCCAAGGACCUCUUCACCUUCAUCACGAGCAACCUGGCUGGGAAACUGGAGGUCAGACCUCUGGGGGAAGCGUCUCUCCUAGCACUAAACCAAGAUAAAGCUCACGGAGGGAACAGUCCCUACUUCCGAAUCAAGAGGCUGCUCUACGACGCUUCCACGGUGAUAUCGGCUGUGUUCCAGCAGUCUGUGCUGCUCGGCCUCUUCCUGUACGGCACGCCCGUGGUGGUUUUCACCCUCAUCUGCUACAGCCGCUUGUGGGUCCGUGGCCACCCUCUUCCUCGACCGGCAUCGUCGCGUGACAGACAGGUGGCUGGCGACGGGGAUGAUGGUGAUGGCACCGUGGUGGUGGCGGGGAACGCAUGGAAUAGUGCCCGGGGUGGCGGGGACGGGCUGCGUCUCAGGAAGGCGGGUGGUGUUGAUGGCGACGGUGACGAGGUGGCGGCUUUGAAGCAGCAUCUCGCGUACGAGCCGAGCGGCACGGGCGGACAAGAUGCCACACUCACGGAUGAGGAAGAAAUGGACGAGGACAUGGAUGAUGACGACGACGAUGACGACGACGAGAGCUAUACUGGAUCUGACGAGGAUGAUGACGAGGAUGAAGAUGACGGCUAUGAUGAUGGUGGCAAUGUGGGCUGCGAGGAAGAUAAGGACGGGAAUGUGCACAAGUUGGCGCUUCAGGGGCCACCGAGGCCUCUGGUUGAAACAGCAGUCAUCAUGCAUGAAAACGAGAGUAAUGUUGACUAGCGGGACUUCGCAACUGUUGUGCUCUCCAGGCGUUUUAAUUUAUGGAGGUGAAAAUGUGUGCUCGUUUGUCAUAGCAUGCUAGUGCGUCACCAACAUGCUGUUCAUCCAGGUGAAAUGCAUGCGGUUUUUUUUGUGAAGCAAUUUUUUAGAGUUUGGUGGAUGCUUUGCAUGCAGUUAUUGCAAUUAAAUAACGUAACGGUGGUAUAUAAACUGUUAAAUGAACAUGGGUAAAGUUGAGGUCACUCUGGUUUGUUAAUGCCAAUCAAUAUUUGCCUUGUGUAGCACUGCAACAUUACGCUAUAGUGUUAUUUCUAUGAUGACUCAUGUGUUGAAGGCCACAGCUAUGCAUGAUUUUAUCGAAAUGGAAUCUUCAGAGUGCACCCUGAAAUCGACUAAUGACGUGAAAAACAGGUGUUUAGAGCUCUGCAUUGCAUUUGAAUUAUGUAUUCUAUAUUAUUUAUGCUAUUUAUUGAAAUUAAAUUAAUGCGUUUUAAGCGUAGCUGUUGACUACUUUGUUUUAGCGUGUUUGUCUUUAAAUUAAUUUAAAUGUUUAAUCUGGGUUUAAACUUUGUUACAUAACGUAUAUGGCUUAUUCUAUAAACAGGCAUGAAUAGAGAUAUUGGCAUGAUCUGUGCAUACUUACAGAGUAAUGUUUAUAACUCAUGCACUACAUUCCAAUCGCUUGGCAAAAUUACAAUUCUAUAGAUUAUGUAAACACAUGUCCCUUUUGCUUUUUUAUUUGGCAAUCUUAUUAGGCAGCAAUCUACCAUUAACUCAAUGAGCACCAAAAACUCACUCUAGUAAGUCUACCCGAAGCAACGCACAGCUAUAAAUUGCUGGCCAAACUAGUUAUCUCUACUGCAAGCAGAUUUAGAAUAGAUGCACUCCAAUGUUCAGCCCAAUUGUCCCUUGAGGCUGCGCUGUGAAUGUUAUUGCGCAAGUCGCGAAAGUGUCUUUCCGUGUAGGUUUUUGAUGUUGGGAGUUGGAAGGCUUCUGUGGAAAAUAUUACGGCUGGGUUCGAAUUAACGAGCUAGCUCUGCUACUGCAGGCACAUUUUUUGUAGCGUCUUAAUAGUGAUUAUAUUCACUCCCCCCCCCCCCCCUCUGCGCCACGUUAGAUGUGUUUAUGUUUGCAAGUAUUACAAAAAAUGGCUCUGAAUACUGACAUGUUUUUGCACGUCAAACUCUCAGGAAUUUCUCUAUUCGGCAUUCCAGAUGGUAAAAAUAAUUAACCUUCAAAUACAUUUAAACGUAAUAGAAUGAGUAGAAAAUAAUGCACUUUACUUAUAGUUCAUAAAGGAAUUUUUGGGGGUAGGGACACAUCGAUGAGAACAGACCAUAUGUUACAAUUUGGCCUGCGCAAGUUUUCAUGGAAAUCCUGAGGACCCUUCAAGUGACUUCUUUUAAUUCACACAAUAGGAGUGGACUUUCCCGUAUGCUCUUUUACGGAUAAAUGUUCUUUGCAUGAAAGUCAAACCUAUUUAGCAAAUUAAUUCGAAUAGGGUACAGAAAGAAACAUCUCUUUGGGUUGUUUUCGUGCAGUCACUGUUACCGGGACGAGCCCUUCGGCUGUGCUACAGUUAAUAACCCGGUUUAAUCACAAGUGCCAGUGUGAAUUUUAAUCCAGGACCUCAUUAGUGCGAGCUGAGCUCUUGUACCCCUGAGCCUCCCUGUCUACCCUCUCCAUCUAACGAUAUUGAGUGUCUUUUUCCCACAUACAUUAAUGUUAUUGGGCAAUCGCUGGAGUAGAAAAAUGUAGAUUAAUUUAAAUUAUGUGAUAUGACCGACUAAAAAGUGUAAUAUUCCCAUUGAAAUAGCGCAAGUAUCUGAAUAAGCCAUCAAUAGUGUGUACGUGCCAAUUUUUGGGAUGGGUUUGCGGUGUUCCUUUUUUAAAACUGAUAUUUAUUUUCGAGAUGUUGACAAGUGCAUCCCAGUAAGCUCCUUCAGCCCUUUUAAUACUGUCCGGAUUUUUACUCAUGUAUGUUUUGUGUAUUAUGUGCCGCAGGGUGUCUCACCAUCCAGACAUUGGCUCGCAAUACCUUCCAGUGUGUUGCCCUCCAGUUUAGACGGUUGGAAACGCCGCAGACAAAGCACAGCUUUGUCCUCUCCACUUUAGUGUAACAUCUAUAGUGAAAUGACGGCAAGUCGUUGUUUGGAUUCCACCUUCAAACAAGCAUUCCCUGGGGCUAGCUCAUGCGAGAAGGCCCCGCGCGGUGGAAACGGUACAAGCCUUGGCAAAUACACGAGGAGAGGAGGAGAUGGAGCACAUUGGCACACAGCCGCCACCAACCACCUUCAGCCCCGCAUUGUAACGUUUCCCAAACACUAACCGGGGGAGGUUUGUCAGCCGAGGAUAAACAGCGAGUGGCCUCAGAAGAGCGUCUGUCUCAGAGAGAGCGACCCGCUCAGAUCGUUUUUUAUCCGCAAGCAUUGCCAGAGCCCGUGUCGCCGCGGAGACAAAUUAAGACACGCUCGGUUUCCAUGUGCUGCAAGACCGUUUCUUUUUUGGCAUUAUGGCUCGCUGUAAAGGUCUUUUGCUUUGCAGGGCGGGGGUUGCUGUAGGUACACACAGAGUCACAUUGAACGUUAUGUUGUAUCUUAAGCUAACCCGAAAGUGUUUUUUUCG